AUGGUGAUCAAACGAAAAUUACCUCCAAAGAAAGGUCUAAUGAUUAACCCAUUUUGCAUAUUGUGUUACGUAGAUAUCGUUAAAGAUCUUGUAGCCUCUAAGAAAAACAUUUUUGUUGGUGAUUGGUUGAUGGAAAAGUUGAAUACUUUAAGGUACGAAAUAUGGGAAGAAGUUGAAUCUCUUAAGAAACAAGGAGGACAAAGUAUCGAACAUGAAGGUAAUAUUCUAAAGCAGAUUGAAAUUCCUGAUAUAAGGCUUGAUCGUAUUGUUUCUGAUCGAGUUUGCAAUGAAGACGAGUUCGAGGCGUGUGUUGCUGCCAAUAAUGACCGUGUCUUUGAGGAGAAAAUACUAGUUAUCAAGGGGUUGCAAAGCCUUAGUAUUGAUGAUGAUGAUGUUGGUGCGUUUUUGAAAAGAGAGGAUAUGUGUGGUAUAUGUCUACAAAAAUUGAAAACCACGGACAGCAAAGAAGGCGAAGAUUAUAAGGCUGUUAGUUUUAUAAAGAAGUGGUCAAAAUCUCUAGGGAAGUUGCCUUGCGAGCAUGUGUUUCAUGAGCCUUGUAUACUUAGAUGGCUGUAUAAAAAUAAUGUUUGUCCUUUUUGCCGGAAUUCGGUUAAUGUAUGA